GUAUACUUAAAGAAAUUAAGGCUUUUAACUACUAAAAGAUUAAUUAAAAAAAACUCUCGCGCUCCCAACACGCCCCCCCAAUUUGGGGGUAUUCGAACCCGAUUUCGACACCAAUUUGCUCCGCUCAUCAAGCUCUACAACAUACUCAAUUUUUAUACCAAACUACCCCUCCCUUGUUGGUUGGGAAGACCCAUAUCCCUCUACAAGCCGGCAAAGAAAAUUUUUGUUUUCCCUCCCCCUACGGGAGCGCAGUCAAACCACCUGCGCAAGGGGUGGGAGCUGCGCCGCAGAUCCUACCAGCCCCCACGUGACUGGUCACGUGAUCACCGAGUCAACAUAUCAUGUGAUCCCAGUCUACCAAUCACUUAUAAAAUAAAGAUUACUAAUUUAAAGAUUUUAACCUUCCUUAAUUUAUUAAUAAUUAAGCUUAUUAAGAUCUAG